AUGAAUUCUAGGCCACCCUAAAAUAACCAAUAAAGAAAGUCAAUAGACUAAAAUUAUGCAAAAGCUGUUAAAGAAUAUAUAGUUAGUAAAAUCGAUAGAACAGGCUCUUUGACUCUUUCAGAAACUACUGGAAAAUCAAAUUCUAAGAGAGGAUCAAUAGAUGGCGGUCCUUCUUAAAUGACCCAUUCUGCUAACAAUGGUUCUAGAAGGUCUUCUAGAUCUGAAAAGAACACAGAUUUGCCUCCUGCUAAAUUAAUUGAUAAUUUUUUGAGCAGCAGUAUGAAGAAUCAAAAAGCAGAUUUAGAAAAAUUAAGUAACAUAACAAACCCAACUGAAACAUAAGAGGACAUGAGUACAAUUUCAAUCAAAUAAACAGAUCUACUAAACAAUAAUUAAGAAUAGCAAACAAACUUGUUUCCUGAUAAGCAUAUUUAUGAAAAGUGCUCUUUUUAGAUUGGAGAAGAAAAUAAAAUUUACUGUUUACGUUAUGAUUUCGAUGAUUAUUUUGUAGCUGUUGCAAGCUAAGAUGGUUGUGUUAGAAUCCUAUUUGAAAAUAAAGGAACAUUAGCUUAUAAUUUAUAAGAUUUUACUGAAAAACCUCAACCUGCUACCUGUGUGAGAUGGUGCCCAAAUUAAAGUACAAUUAAGCAUGGUUUAUUAGCUACAUAUUCAAAUGGAAAAUGCCUCUUUUGGCAUGCAACAUCAAGCCAAGUUUUAUCUAGAUAUGAAGAAGCAGGAAAUGAUAUUAAUACUUGUGAUUUUACUCCAGAUGGCAAGCAUUUUAUUACAGGAGGUUCUGAUUCUAAAGUAAGACUUUAUGACAUUGGUAAAAAAAAUCACACAGUUUUUACAUCUGGACAUUGUCCUGAACAUAAAAAUAGAAUUUUUGCAAGUAAAUUUAUGGAUGAAAACUCUUUGCUAACAGCUGGAUGGGAUUAAAGUGUCUUAAUAUGGGAUACCAGAACUAAAUCUUCAUAAGGAUACAUUUAUGGUCCCCUGGUAUGUGGUGAUGCUUUAGAUUUUAAAAAUAACACAGUAUUAACUGGAUCAUGGAGAAAUGAGAAAUAAUUAUAGCUUUGGGAUAUAAGAAAGACUAAUAGAUCAACAGACAUUGUUUGGGAAAAUCACUCUGAUGAUCCAUCUCAUUAAAGUUUUAUCUACAGUUGCUAAUUCUCUAAGACAGACUCUAACUAUAUUAUGGCUGGUUCAACUGGCACAUAUGAACUUAGGUUGUUUGAUCGUUAAAACAAUAAUAGAUGUAUUGAUGCAUUAACAGAAAAUAUCACAAAAGGUAUAUUUUCUCUUGAUUGGGCUAAUCAAAAGUCCAAAGUUACUUAUGGAACUUCAGAUGGUCGUUGGGCUUAUGGUGAAGUUUAUUGA